AUGGUCCCCCGCGUCCGAGUUCUCAGCAUCACCCAUGUCCGACCACCCGCUGAAACCUCCAAUCCUCUACCGGACAACGGCGACCACACCAUCAAGCUCUCGCUCUUCGACACCAUGUUGAUCCCCCUCCAACCGAUGCAGCGCCUCUUCUUCUAUGAGGGUGACGACCUGCCGCCCUUCCCUGCCCUGCUCGCCACGCUGCAGUCCUCCCUCGCCGCCACGCUCGCCGUUUUCACCCCGCUCGCCGGCCACGUCGCGGUCUCCAAGUCGGGGGACGUCGUCAUCGACUGCUCCCCCGAAGUCGUUUCCCAGGGUGUCAGGUUCGUCGAAGCCGAGUACGCCGGCAGCACAGACGACAUGCGCCGGCUUGCAAGCGACGCCGAGCAUGACGUCGAGGCGUACGCGCAGCUCGUGCCUGCUCUCGUGGUCAGCGCGCUGCCGGUCCCUGCACUGGCCGUGCAAGUGACGAUGCCCGCGGACACGGAUGACAGAGGCGGGAUCGGAGCCGUGGUGGUCGGCGUGUCCAUGAACCAUGGAAUGGCCGACGGCCGGGCGCAGUGGGAGUUCAUCCGGGCGUGGGCUGCCGCAGCUCUGGGCGGCUCGCCGGCCUUGCUGGGGACCCUGCCGCCGGUUUUCGACCGCGCGGUGAUCAACAGCCACCCCAAGGCAGAGGCGGUGGCGCGCAAGUUCGUGCGAAUCUUUGCGCCAGCGUUGCCGACGGUGAACGCACUCCCCGGACCGGACCUGACACAACAAGGGAGAAGGACCUACCUGCUCAGCGCCAGCCAGAUCCUGUCGCUGAAGCAACGCAUUUCACUGCAGAGCAAACGCGCCGACGGCGACAACGCACCGGCCGCCGUAGCGAAGCCCCCGACCACCUACGCCGCCGUGGCGUCCCUGGUCUGGACAUCCGGCAUCCGCGCCAAGAACGCCCUGAGCCGCGCCGAGGACGACGCCUACCUGUCGUUCGCCGCGGACUGCCGCGCGCGCCUGCGCCCGCCCAUGCCCGCCGCCUUCUUCGGCAACUGCGUCAAGCCGUGCUAUGCGAGGGCCACGGUGGGAGAGCUCAGGGACGGCGGCGUGGGCGCGCUCGCGCGGGCCGCGUCGGCGAUAGGGUCGUCCCACCGGUUCGCCGCGUACGAAACAGACUUCGGCUGGGGCAAGCCGAGCCGGGUGGAGCUCGCGUCGGCGUUUGUCCGGGAGUUCGUGGCGCUGGUCGGGGCGCCGGAAGGUGCUGUACAGGUGUCCGUGGCCCUUGAUCGGGGCCGCAUGGAAGACUUUGAGGCCAACUUCUUGUCACAGCUGCAUGGUUCGUAA